AUGUCUCACAUUCAUGAAAUCGUCAAAAAUUUCCUUGCCCAACCAUUUCUCAAACGAAAAUAUUACGCUCAUUUCGCAGGCUGUCAUGUGGUGCACGUACUCAUGGUUUUUGGCUCUCAUUCUGUUUCUAAAGAUCGUGAGGCAUAUGAUCGAGAAACUGGGGAAUCAGAUCAUUCCAGUUGGGUGCUAACUGAGGCUAAGCCACUAAGGAGUGCACUUGAGCUCUUAACUCAAGGGCUUUGUGCUUGGCCCUAUUAUCUGAUGACGAGUUUAUGGGGGAGUGAGGGUUACCAAAACAGGGCAGAUGGGCGCAGUGUCGGGAAGUACAAAGAAUGGAGCUGUGGGCUUCCCGGAGAGUAUGUGGCAAAAUGUGAGAUGGUUCCAGUGAGUAGCGCCGUGCGAGGGAGCUGUGGGGUAUGGAGAGGCAGUCUGGCUUUAGCGAAAUGGAAUCUUUUAGGGUUUCUUUUUUGGUGA